AUGGAGAAUAUCUCUGUAACUUUCCGCCAUUGUUACAGCUCCUUGUUUCUUCAUCACUCACAGCGAAGAUAUCGUUUUAAUCGUUCUUUGGCUUGUUUUUCUGUGGACAUCAAGCAUGCGUCGUUUGAAUCUUUACCAAUCUCAGUUUCUCUGGAACCGUCGUCUCCAAGUUGGGAUCUUUUAUCCCAUGGGGAUUUUCAUCCGUUGAAGGAGCUAAAUGGAUGCAAAAAUCUGAUUUCUGUUAAAGCUACUCAUGCUCGGAUGAUGAGGCUGUUCGAUAGAUUCGACUUGGAGUUCGUCGCCAGGCGCUUGAUCUCUCGUUACCUUGAAUUUGGAGUAUUUGGGUAUGCUAGUACUAUUUUCUUCCUGGGUUUCCCUCGUAAUCAAGUUUCAUGGAGGGAUUUCUCGGAAGAGGUCGAGAAUUUCGGACUAGAGAAGUAUAGAGUCUUGGAGGAUUUUGUUCAGUUACAGAACAGAGGAGUAGAAUUCGAUGGAGUAGUUCUCGCUAUGGUUUUGAGAAUUUGUACUGUUCUAAUGAAUCCGUUUUUAGGUUUCACUAUCCAUGGCGGAUUGAUUAAGAGAGGUGUCGAUAAUUCAGAUACACGCGUGGUUUCUGCAUUGAUGGGUUUCUAUGGAAGAUGUGUGAGUUCAGAUGUCGCCAACAAGAUAUUCGAUGAAAUGCCUAAAAGAGAUGAUCUCGCGUGGAACGAGAUAACUAUGGUAAAUUUGCGGAGUGGGAAGUGGGAUAAAGCUGUGAAACUGUUCAGAGAGAUGCAGUUUUCUGCUGCAAAAGCGUAUGAUAGAACAAUGGUUAAGCUUUUGCAAGUUUGUAGCCAUAAAGAAGGUUUAGCAGAAGGGAGACAGAUUCAUGGGUAUGUUCUGAGACUUGGGUUUGAAACAAACAUCUCGGUGUGUAACUCCUUGAUUGUCAUGUACUCAAGGAAUGGCAAGCUUGAAUCAUCCAGGAAAGUUUUCAAUUCAAUGAAAGACCGGAAUUUGUCUUCGUGGAACUCAAUUGUAUCGAGUCAUACUGCGUUUGGUUAUGUAGAUGAUGCCAUGACUCUCCUGGACAAAAUGGAGAGAUGUAAUUUGAAGCCAGAUAUAGUGACAUGGAACUCUCUUUUGUCAGGCUAUGCAUUUAAAGGCUUAUACAAAGGUGCCAUUGCGAUAUUGAAGAGAAUGCAAAUUGCUGGUCUGAAGCCAAACACCAGCUCGAUAAGUAGUCUUCUACAAGCUGUUGCUGAACCGGGGCUGCUUAAACUUGGAAAGGCGAUUCACGGAUAUGUAAUAAGAAAUCAGCUUUGGUACGAUUUGUAUGUAGAAACCACAUUGAUCGACAUGUAUGUGAAAACUGGCUGUUUGCCUUACGCCAGGAUGGUUUUUGAUAAAAUGGAUGAGAAGAACAUUGUUGCUUGGAAUUCACUCAUAUCAGGACUUUCGUACGCUGGUCUGCUAAAAGAUGCUGAAGCUUUGAUGAUUAAAAUGGAAAAGGAAGGGAACAAACCUGAUGCUGUUACAUGGAACAAUCUCGUUUCUGGGUAUGCGACUUGGGGGAAAACCGAGAAAGCUUUGGCUGUGAUAGGGAAGAUGAAAAAGAAUGGUGUGGCGCCUAACGUGGUUUCAUGGACUGCCAUUUUGUCGGGAUGUUCCAAAAAUGGCAACUUCGGGAAUGCCCUCAAAAUAUUCAUUAAAAUGCAGGAAGAAGGUGUCUGUCCGAACUCAGCUACCAUAUCCACCUUGCUUAGGAUAUUAGGCUGCUUGAGUCUAGUAUACAGUGGCAAAGAGGUGCACAGCUUCUGUUUAAAGAACAAUUUGAUCCGCGAUGCAUAUGUUGCAACUGCACUAGUAGAUAUGUACACAAAAUCAGGGGAUCUGCGAAGCGCGUCUGAGGUUUUCUGGAGCAUUGAGAACAAACCGUUAGCUUCUUGGAACUGUAUGAUCAUGGGUUAUGCCAUGUUUGGGCAAGGCAAAGAAGGGAUUGCGGUCUUCAAUAGGAUGCUUGAAGCAGGCAUGGAACCUGAUGCUAUAACAUUUACCUCUGUCUUGUCUGUCUGUAAGAACUCAGGUCUUGUCUCUGAAGGGUGGAAGUACUUCGAUCUUAUGAUGUCCCAUUAUGGUUUUUUCCCGACUCUCGAACACUGCUCUUGCAUGGUAGAUAUGCUCGGGAGGUCGGGUUAUCUUGAUGAAGCUUGGGAUUUCAUUCAAACAAUGCCAAUUAAACCCGACGCAACUAUUUGGGGUGCAUUUCUUUCAUCUUGUAAGAUCCACAGAGACCUGGAACUCGCGGAAGUCGCUUGGAAGAGGCUGCAAGUGCUGGAACCGCACAAUUCAGCUAACUACAUGAUGAUGAUAAACUUGUACAGUAGUUUGGACAGAUGGGAAGAUGUUGAACACAUACGAGACUCGAUGAGGAAUCAGAGGGUGAAAGUCCAAGAUCUGUGGAGCUGGAUUCAGAUCGAUCAAACGGUUCAUGUAUUUUAUGCAGAAGGAAAAGCACAUCCGGAUGAAGGAGAAAUAUACUUUGAGCUGUACAAGUUAGUCUCUGAGAUGAAGAAAUCAGGUUAUGUGCCAGACACAAGCUGUAUACACUCUAACGUAAGUGAACCAGAGAAAGAGAGGUUGCUUAUGGGACAUACAGAGAAGUUAGCAAUAACCUAUGGCCUCAUCAAGAAGAAAGGCUUAGCUCCUAUAAGAGUGGUCAAGAACACGAGUAUAUGUUCUGAUUGCCACACCGUAGCAAAAUACAUAUCAAUUUUGAGAAACCGUGAUAUAGUCUUACACGAGGGGUCUCGAGUUCAUCAUUUUAGAGACGGAAAAUGUUCCUGCAAUGACUCGUGGUUAUAAGAUAGAUACUAACUAGCUCUGUUUUUCUUGUA